UUGUGUGAGUGUCUGCAUCUCUUUGUCUAACACACUGACUCUCUAUCUGGGUCUCGCGGCGAACAAGACACAUUCGACUUGCUGUUACCGUACCCUCAACAAGAGAAAAAUAUUUUCUUUUCUUUUUUUUCGGCGUUUUCUCGAGUUUUCCGUUCCUUGAACUGUUUUUGAUGGUUUUUGAUUCUUGAAGCCAUUUUAGUAAUGAUCCUACGCCGUUAAUUGUUAUUAGUAAUGUUUUCUUUUAUCUCGUUUCGCUGAAAAUGGAUUUUUUGUUUUUGGAAAUUAUUAUUUUGAUUUUUUGCAGGGUUAACCGUUGUCACUAUGGCCAAGUCCAAGAAUCACACCAAUCACAACCAAAGUAAGUCCAUUUUCUAAUUUUUCUGCACUUAAAAAAGAAGAACAACAUUUUCAUGUUUGAACAAACUAUAUUAUGAAUAUUUUGUUACUCCCAGUAUUUCUGGAAUAAAAUUCCGUCUUAUGACUAAAAUUUUGUGUUAUUUUACUGUUCCAAUCCACGAUGAAAUGAUGUGAGAAAAUCCAGAAAGGUAAACAUAAUAAACAUAAUGAGAUAUUGAAAUGAGAUAUACCUAACCAUAAAAUCAAACUUCAAAUUUGCAGACAAGAAGGCUCACCGUAAUGGAAUCAAGAAGCCAAAGGCCCACGUCUUCCUCUCCACCAAGGGAAUGGACGCCAAGUUCUUGAAGAACCUUCGUUUCGCCAGAAAGAACAACAAGCGCGUGACCAGAGCUGUCGAAUCAAAGGCCUAA